CCGCCGAGCGACCGCGUGCUGCCUCCUAAUUGCCGCCACUUACUCGCACCGGCAAGCCCACGAAGUCACGUUCCGGAAGAGUCUUCGGGGGCUCGCGGCGCCAUGAAAGAAAAAAGUAAAAAUGCUGCGAGGUCCCGCAGGGAGAAGGAAAAUGCUGAGUUUAUAGAGCUCGCGAAGUUGCUGCCGCUUCCAGAUGCCAUCACGUCACAGCUGGAUAAGGCCUCGAUUAUUCGGCUGACGACGUCCUAUUUGAAAAUGAGGCAGGUUUUUCCCGAUGGUCUCGGGGACGCGUGGGGCGCAACACCCGUGGUGCCGAACCCCCGCGAAACCCAGAUCAAAGAAUUGGCGUCGUACCUCCUCCAGACCCUGGACGGGUUCAUCUUCGUGGUGGCCCCCGACGGAAAGAUAAUGUACAUAUCGGAGACGGCUUCGGUCCAUCUGGGCCUGUCGCAGGUAGAACUGACGGGUAAUAGCAUCUACGAGUACAUCCAUCCCGCCGACCACGACGAAAUGACGGCGGUUCUGAGCCCCACGGUGCCGCCGUUGCCCUCGCAGCAGGACUACGAGAGCGAGCGGGUGUUCUUCCUAAGGAUGAAAUGCGUCCUGGCGAAGAGGAACGCCGGACUGACGAACGGUGGAUACAAGGUCAUCCACUGCUCGGGCUACCUCAAAGUGAAACAAUUCAGCGCCUCCUCAUCGCCCUACGAAGGCUGUUACCAAAACAUGGGUCUUGUUGCCGUCGGGCAUUCGUUACCACCCAGUGCCAUAACCGAAAUCAAACUCCACACAAACAUGUUCAUGUUCAGGGCUAGCUUAGAUCUCAAGUUAAUUUUUCUGGAUGCGAGGGUGGCCCAAUUGACGGGAUAUGAGCCCCAGGACCUCAUCGAAAAAACGCUGUAUCAUUAUAUCCACGGCAGCGAUAUUCUGGCAAUGCGAUACGCUCAUCACCAAUUGCUAUGCAAAGGGCAAGUAACCACCAAAUACUACCGCUUCAUGAGCAAAGGCGGCGGCUGGGUCUGGAUGCAAAGCUACGCCACCAUCGUCCACAACUCGCGCUCAUCUCGACCCCACUGCAUCGUAUCCGUCAACUACGUACUUAGCGACCUGGAAGGCAAGGACCUCCUCCUCAACCUCGCUCAAGGCUCACUCCGCGAAGAAGUCCCCACGUCCCCAAAAAACUCCCCCGCCAAGCUCGCCCCCAAGUACCAGCCGAGCCGCGCCACCCCGCACCAGCCGCCCAUCAUCUCCCCCUCCAUCCCCGACGAGGACUACAGCGAGUCGGCCGUGGCCUACCCCACCCCCGAGUACUCGAUGUUCCUCAACCUGCCCAGCGAAGAGACGUACUAUUCGCACCAGGAGCUGUUCUACCCCUACUCCGAUGACGUCAGCCAGCAUCCCCUGCUGGGUCAAGGGCAACAGCGGCCCUUCAGCGCGUCUUCGUCCAGCUGUAGUUCUUCAGAGAGCGAGAUGCACCUGCAGAAUUUGACGAGUAAUCCUUACUGUGGAGACAUUCACGGCCAGCACUUUAAUAUAGGGUGUUUCAAUAAUAAUCCUGCGCAUGCGCAGCCGACGCAGAAUAUGUAUGCACACGAGUUUAAGCAGCUAAAUCAUGUUGGAAGCACUGCGGGGUAUACGAGUGUGAUUGUUGACACUCAGCAGUACCAACUGGCGAACGAGUACGUGCACUAGUGGGGGAGGGGAACUGUUGUGGUUACUUUGAGAGUUUUAUACGAUACAAUGUAAAAUAUAAGUAUUUUUCGAGUGUAAGUAAGGCUGUAUAUAAGAUUCAAUCCCGAGUGGCGUGCCAUAAGAGAAGAGUAAUAUAAUUUAGUGUCAAUUGUGUUAGCGUGAUCUUAUUUUGGGUGCUUUGAUUUUGAUGAUUUUGUUGUUUUGGAUAGAUACGACAAUAAUUUAAGACUGUGAAUACGACUGUAUGUCUAUGCUAUUAUUAAAUGUACAAUAACUUUAUUAGUACG